AUGUUACUGAGAAGACACGAAGUUGUACGUGUUAUACCAAAACAUAAUGGACAUCUGCAACUCAUACGGGAUUUGGAAGAUAAUUACGGAGUUGAUCGUUGGUCCGAAGUAUUGAGACCACAUCAAGAAGUAAGAAUGAGUUUAUCACAAGACAAAACAAAUGAAACCAAGCAAUUAUUAAAAUCAAACAACAUGGAUUUUACGAUUAUGUCUGACGAUGUUGAAAAAUUAAUAAAGAAAUCGAAUGAUAUCUCAAAAGCAUACAGCACCCAACGUUCAAAACGAGAUAUCAAUGCACCACACUAUUCACGAUAUCUACGGUAUCAUGAGAUAAUUGAAUUUUUGAAUGAACAAAACAGUCGAACAAAUAUAACUUCAUUAAUAUCAAUUGGAAAGAGUAGUGAAAAUCGAUCAAUAAUUGCGAUAAAGAUUGGACAAAAAUCUGCUCACAGAAAUAUUCUGAUGGAUUGUGGUAUUCAUGCAAGAGAAUUUAUCUCACCAUCAACAUGUAUUUAUAUGAUUGAAAAAUUUAUAGGAGAUGCGAUAUUAUUGGGCAACAAUUCAUUAUUAUCGAUUUUUAAUAUCUACAUGAUUCCAUUGUUAAAUCCAGACGGUUAUGAAUAUGCACAAACAGAAAGACGUAUGUGGAGAAAAAAUCGUUCACCAAAUAUCGAAUCACAUUAUAAUUGCAAGGGUGUUGAUCUGAAUCGAAAUUUUGGAUACCAUUGGAUGGAGAAUGGUGCAUCUCAAAAUCCCUGUUCCGAAACUUAUGCAGGACCAUAUGCCGAUAGUGAACCAGAAACACAAGGUUUAGAAAAUUUUAUUAGAACAAAAUCUUGGCAUGCUUAUUUAACAUUUCAUUCAUACGGACAAUACUGGAUAUAUCCAUGGGGUUUUGCACGACGUGUACCGUUUGAUCAUCAAGAACUUGUAAAUAAAUUAAAUAUUUCUAUUGAGAUAAAAUUAAAUUAA